AUGGAAGCGAUAUCCCUCGGUCUCACCGCUUCGCCUGCUGUAAUCCUGGAUGUCGGUUCCGCUUCCAGGAAAAAACGUACAAGGGAGGAGAAAGAGGCCAGGAGAGAAGCUAAAAGGUUGAAGAAGGAGAAGCAAGCUGUGGCCCACCCUGUAGAACCCGUACAAGCGGAUGAUGGUGUUUUCAACGAUCCCGAAAAGACAGACAGGUCGGCGAAGGAGAAGAUAAAAGAAAUCAAGGAAGAGAAAGCUGGAAGAAAGGCUGAAAAGGCUGAGCGGAAAGCUAGGAAGUCUAAUGGCACUACGAUGCAAUCUGAAAAUGACGGUGAGGUUAUCAAGGCAAAAUCGCAAGUAUUAUCAAAGAUGGCUGUACCUCCCAUCGAACCAUCUACUCAGACUAAAGUGAAGAAAAUGGAUAGAUCUCAGACGACUCCUCUGAGAACACUCUCGCAAGCUGGCCCUUCCACUUCAUCACAAUCUCCUUCCAAACGACCUAUCUUAACCGCCAAACCCGUCAGACAACCGUCUACCCCAGCCAAAUCAUCGCAGCAGCGAUCCAGAUCGAACACACCGAGAGGUAAAUCUGACGAGAAGCCUGAUGACGCGACGUUGAAAGCUCGAUUGAAAGAUCAGAAAGCGGUUGAAGAGUGGUUAUCGAAUAAUUGGGUAUCGGAUGUUGAACUGAGGAGAUUGGAAAGAUUGGACAUCUUGAAGUAUAAAAAAGGCAAACUCACGGAAGAUGAAAAAAUAGUAAUUAGGAAAGUACUCGAUACGUAUAAAAAGGUCAACCGAUUGAAUGAUGAGAAAUUAAUUGAUACUAUCAUGGCGAAUACGACUACUUUCCCAACAGGCAGAGAUGGAUGGCAAGCAUUUUGGCUUGAGUUGGCUGGUGCUUGUCCAGGUAGGCCAGUAAGAUACGUCAUGAAAAUGGUACAGAGGAUGUAUGAUCCAAGAGGGCAUAAAGGUCAUUUCACCCCUGAAGAGGAUUCAAUGUUGAUCUCGGCAUACGAACUACAUCCUAACCAAUGGGGUAAGAUAGCCGAGAUAGUUGAAAGGACGUAUCACGAUUGUAGAGAUCGAUAUAUGAAAGAAUUACAACAUCGACAUACGCGUCAUCACGGGGAAUGGACCGAAGAGGAAGAACAAAAGCUUUUGGAAGCUGUGAAGAAGAUGAACAGACAAACGAAUAGAGACGAGAUGGACAAUGAGAACAUACCUUGGGUCUUGGUGGUGAAGGAGAUGGGAGGGAUCAGGACGGUUGUGCAAUGUAGGAAGAAAUGGACGGAUGAGAUUUACCCUAAGAAAAAAUGGGGCUGGGAGAGUGGACAUGAAAGAGACAACGAUUUCAAGUUGGUUCGAAGACUCGAGACCCUCAAUUACCCCUCGGAGAAGCAUAUCAAUUGGAAAGAAGUACAGGAUGAUACAUUGAAGCAUAUGACCAAUCAUCAAGUUAGGCAGAUGUAUUAUCGAAUGAAGAAUAAGAUCGAAGACGCUGAAAAACUCACAUAUCCAGAAUUGGUUGAUCGAUUGAAAAGGAUUUGCGAGAACCUCGGACGGCUCAGUCAUAAGAAGAAGCCUAGUAAACCUGAGAUUGAUACUUCCGACGAGGAAGACGAAUUAGAAGAGCAAGAAGGCCCAGCUGAGGAUGAGCACGCUGAUGAGAAAGAAGAUGAAGAAGCAAGUCAAUCGCAGAAAGAGCAGGAAGAUGAGUAG